AUGGCCGUUCGUAUCGUUGCCACUGAUCACGAGGAAUGUCCCUCCUUGAGUGGACAAGAUAUUUUGGCAUCGAAACACGCGUGGAUGAUGGAGAGCCUUCCACGCAGACGUACACCACUGUCGAGAGUUGCUGCUCGUCGUUGCUCGCUGCCGCUUGAAACUAGAUCCACGAUCACCACCGCCGCUGCAUACAAGUCUCUCGUGCGUCGACAAAGACCGCCGGCGCAUCUCACAGUCGGCGGGCAGGGUCCACAUGCAGUCGUCAUCAUGUGUAACCGAUGCAAGGCACACUGCAUCCCCAGACACAGAGUCCAUUCGUACGGGUGUAUACAUGCCACGGUCCCCCUCCAUGCAUGCCGUCCAUCUACCGUCGGCAUUUGUCCUCAUCUUGCAGACUGA